AUGGAAAAGCCUGGGGUAUCUCGUGGGGAGCAAGAGGGUGUCGGCGAUGUGGAUACCAAGAAUGUGACAAUUGUGGAGGGUGGCGUAUUUGGCAGGAUUUAUGUCCCCAAGUCUGUCAAUUCUACUAGAAAACUUCCCCUCCUUGUUUUCUAUCAUGGCGGAUCCUUUAUCUAUAACAGGGCAUUUUCUCCCUUUUAUGACAACUACAUUUCGGCAUUCGUAAGGAAAGCCAACAUUGUUGCAUUCUCGGUUGACUACAAAUACUAUAUCCCCACUGCAUACGAGGAUUCAUGGCUUGCCCUCAAGUGGGUUGCAUCGCACGCUUCUGGCCAUGGCCCCGAGGCAUGGCUAAACAGCUUGGCUGAUUUUGAGAGAGUUUAUGUAGCUGGAGAUAGCGCAGGCGCCAAUAUUGCACACAAUUUGCUCAUGAAACAACAACAACAAGAAGAUGUUGUUAACAUCAAGGUCAAAGGGAUGGCCUUACUGCAUCCAUACUUUUGGGGGAGCACGCUAAUAGGGAACGAGACCGGCUUGGAUGUGUCUUCGAGAUCAUAUGCUUCACAUAUUUGGUUGGAUGCCAUCAGGAAGCCGGAGUUGUGGGGUACUAAUCUAGGCAAUAAACUGUUGGAUGACCCGCGAGUGAACCCACUGAUGGAUUCAAGGCUUUCGAGCCUACCCUGUGGCAAAGUGUUGGUUGUGGUUGGUGAUGAAGAUAUAUUCAAGGACAGGGGCUUAGUUUACUAUGAUGCACUGCGCAAGAAUGGAUGGACAGGAGAGCCUAAACUUUUGAUGACCGAAGGCACGCAUUGCUUUUUCUUGACAGAAAUCGACUCUACUCCACUUUCUAAAGUCAUUUUCGAACAUCUAUCUUCUUUCAUCAAUGGUGUACUUAUCUGA